AGAAUGAGCCCGAUGCCAACAACUUUUUUGGGCAGUGCCCUCCGGGGCACUUUCUUCUUCGCCUUUGGCCUGUGGUGGUCGGUGAGGUACCCCCUGAAGUACCUCAGGAGGAAAGGGGGUGCUGAGGGCCAGCCGGGCCGUGGGCACACGGAGGUCUUCGAAGGCGCGGUCAAAGCUUUCUUUGCUCUAGUAGGGAUACUGGUGGAGCAGUUUGUCCCCACUGGUCCCCACCUGCAGCUGUACAGCCCCAAGACGCACAGCUGGACUGACCUCACCCACUGGCACUACUCCACCAUCUACCUCUUCUUCCUCCUCUCCGGCAUCACAGACAUGGUCUCUCACUCCCCACUCAAGCUACCCCCUGGCUUGGACCGGCUCUCGCUGUCCCUGGCUCUACUUGUGGAAGGUUUGCUCUUCUGUUUCCGUGACUACAGUGAUGCUGUGCUGGACCAGCACCUCCACUCCCUGCUGGCCAUGGCUAUCUUUGCUGGAGCCCUCUGUGCUCUCCUAGAGGUGUUCCACCGAGACCAUAUCAUCCUGGAGACAUUCAGGACCAGCUCCUUCCUUCUCCAGGGCUCUUGGCUUUGGCAGAUUGGGUUUGUGUUGUCCCCUCCGUGGGGAGGACCAGGCUGGGACCAGAGAGACUCCAGCAACCUCUUGUUCCUCACCAUGUGUUUCUGCUGGCACUACUUGGGUGCUCUCGCCAUUGUGGCCGCCAACGCUGCUGCAUCCCGCUGCUGCAAUGAGUCCUGCCAGCUGAAAUUUGGGGACAUUGACGUGGAGUUGGACUGUGGCUUGUGCCUCCACAGAGGGAAGAAGAGCUCCGGUGGUGCCUUGCUGCCAGAGAGCAGCUUGGAUGACAAAUGA